GAGAGGGUGUAACAGAGACGACUAGUUUUCUCUUUGCUGGUAGGCCGCUAGGCAACGGUCAUUUGAAUUUCGUUUUUAAAAAUAAACAAGCCAACCGGCAGGUUUUAGUCAAACUGUGGAACUCUAACGAGACAAUUACACAUAAUUAUAUGUAUAUUUUUAAAAUCCAAUAAAUACAUACAUAUAUAAAAACAGUUAUGGCGGAACCAACUCCACAUGAAAUUGCCAAAUUGCAUCCACGCACAAUUUUCGGCAUUAAUGGCAAAGUGGCGAACGGGCUGCGUCAGCAUCCGGAUAACCAGCAUUCGAUCUUUGCACUGGGCAACAAAAUUGCAAUUUGGGACUUCAAAAAGAACACCCAAGAGUUCAUGUCCGGCCACACCAACAGCAUAUCCUGUCUAGAUCUCAGCAAGAGCGGAAAGUACAUAGCAUCGGGUCAGGUUAAUCACAUGGGCUUCCGAGGCUAUGUUAUUCUCUGGGACUUUGCGCAGCGCAGGGAGCUCUCGCGUCACGAUUUGCACAAGGUUCAUGUCCAGGCCAUUUGUUUUACUGCCGAGGAUCGCUUUGUGGUUUCAAUAGGCGGCAAGGAUGACGGCACGGUCAUCGUGUUCGAUGUGGAGUCAUUCUCGGCAAUUUGUCGUCAGACUGCAUCGCGCUCCAUUUCUGGCAAUGCACUUACUGUACGUCCAUUACACAAAAAUCCGUACUUCUUUAUAACAGCGGGUGAUCGCCAUCUCCGCUUGUGGAGCAUUUUGCGAGAUCAGAAAAAGCUACAUGUGCAGGAUGUCCAUGUGGGUAAUAAGUCGCGGGUAUUCUACUGCGCGCGCGUAGAGAAGAACGACGAGUAUGCCUAUCUGGGCACCGGAACCGGAGACAUUGUAAAGAUCGUACUUAGCUGUUGUGAUCGCGAUAAUGUAUCCCGACCUGGAACAUCCUCAUGUAUACUAGGUGCGUUUGGCACGCACAAUCCACGAAAACCAACAGGCCGUGACUGCAAUCGGUAUGUGAAUGGGGUGAGGGCCCUUUAUUUGCUCGAAGGUGGGAAGCUCUUGGUGGGUGCUGGAGAUGGCGUUGUCGAACUAGUGGUGCAGCGCACGGAUGUGCCACUGGUCCAUUAUCGUGAAUAUCCAGGACCAACAUGGCCGUUCCUUCGCACGCUUAAGAGUACACGCGUCUCUGGCAGCGUCACAUCAUUAGUGCGAGCCACUGCGGACAAAUUUUACAUCUGCACGGACACCAAUGAGAUCUACCAGUUGAUGAUUAGCACCUGGGUGCUGAAACUGUUGCGCACUUGUCACACAAAAUCUGUUUAUUGCAUCACAUUCCCCAAAAACUACGCCGCCGUUUUUGCCACAUCGGGUCGUGAGUGUAUUCGCAUCUGGUCCGCUUCUCGAAAGCAAGAGCUGCUCCGUAUUAUGGUCUACAACUUCAACUGCGCAGCCAUUCGCUUCACACAGGAUGGAACCAGUAUUAUUUCCGUUUGGAAUGAUGGCAUCAUUCGCGCUUUCACCCCAAUCACUGGUCGCCUCAUUUAUUGCAUACCCAAUGCCCACAACAAAGGUUGCAGUGCUUUGGCCGUGUCGUCCAAUGGUCGCAUGAUAGUAACUGGUGGUAUUGAAGGACAGGUGCGCGUGUGGAAAAUCGAUCCAUAUCGUCAGGAUCUGCUGGGAGUGCUUAAAGAUCACUCCGGCCCCAUAACUACACUCGAUAUGAACUGCAUGGACACUGAGGUGAUUUCCGCCUGCACCGACGGUUCCUGUGUUAUCUGGGACGUCACGCGCCUGACUCGCAAGCAAGUCGUCACUGCUAACACUCAGUUUAUGGCCGCAGUUUAUUUCCCCUCCGGUGUCCAGGUGCUUACUUGUGGCUCGGACGGACGUAUUAGCUACUGGAUGACAUUCAAUGGGGCUAUGAUUCGCGAGUUGACUGCCUCCAAUAAGUCGUCGGUUAACUGUGUGUCCAUCAACAGCACCGGCGAUUACUUUAUUUCGGUGGGCAGCGAUCUGCAGGUGAAGCUCUGGAACUACAACAGCGGUGAAAUUGUGGGUAUUGGAUCCGAGCAUGCGUCAUCGGUUAUCAGCAGUGCAUUCAGCCCUUGCGGCCAAAUGUUUGUUACCGGUAGUACGGACGGCUCUCUGAUUAUCUGGGACGUGCCCAAGGAAUUUUGGGGCAAGCCAAAUCCGCCCGAUGGCCCCCAGUUUGCUUUCAAGUCCAAGACACCAUCCAAGUCAAAGUUAAACGAUGUUCCGUCUCGCGUCGACUCAGGCACAAAACAAGCUCCCCCCAAGCUUGAAAACAUUGAUGGUCUACUAAAGGCCACGCCAAAGGACGACAUCUGUUGCGUGGAGUGCCCGCCGUGUGCUAAAAAGGAGGCCAAAGGCAGUGAUUCAUUUUCUGAAUGCAGAGUAGUGACGGACCCGAAGAAGUGCUAGAUUUUAAUUUUAUGUACAUUUGUUUUAAGUUUCGCAGUUAAAUAAGCAAAGAUUACAAAAUAAAUAUGCACAGCGAAUGCAAAUGUUGGUGGGAAACUUUUUAAUUU